AAAAAAACUCAAUAAAUGUCAUUGGGAAAUGUUUUUUCUCCCUGUUUCUGCAUGCCCUUUGUUGGGUUGUCGUCUUCACAGUAUAAUAAUCAAAUCCCUUGAUAUAUUUACAGUGAUCUUGGAGAACAGUGACUAUAUCUUGAGAGCUGUGGCUGGUCAAGAAAAUCUGCUUCGGGAGAUGGAGCUCUGCUUCAGAUCUUUGCUGAGAGUGUCAAAUUCUGCCAUUUUGCUAUUUUUCUUAGUUUCUUGCUUCAGCUUUACUUCAACGGACGCCUAUGACGCACUUGAUCCUAAUGGGAAUAUCACAAUAAAGUGGGACGUUAUCAGUUGGACUCCCGAUGGCUACGUUGCUGUUGUGACAAUAUUCAACUUCCAACAAUAUCGUCACAUUCAAGCACCGGGCUGGACUUUGGGAUGGACUUGGGCGAAGAAGGAAGUGAUUUGGAGCAUGAUGGGAGGUCAAACAACAGAGCAAGGAGAUUGCUCAAGAUUUAAAGGGAAUAUUCCACAUUGUUGUAAGAAAGAUCCAACGGUUGUGGACUUAUUGCCUGGAACUCCUUACAACCAACAGAUUGCAAAUUGUUGUAAAGGAGGGGUGAUAAAUUCAUGGGGGCAAGAUCCAACUAGUGCUGCAAGCUCUUUCCAACUUAGCGUUGGUGCUGCUGGAACCACCAAUAAGACCGUUCGGGUUCCCAAGAACUUCACUCUGAAAGCACCUGGACCUGGCUAUACUUGUGGACCUGCGAAAAUCGUGAAACCUACUAAGUUUGUCACCCAGGAUGGACGAAGAGUAACGCAGGCAAUGAUGACAUGGAACGUGACAUGCACAUACUCUCAGUUUCUGGCGCAAAAGACUCCUACUUGCUGUGUCUCACUAUCAUCCUUUUACAACGACACUAUUGUUCCUUGUCCAACUUGUACUUGUGGGUGUCAAAAUAACCUUACUCAGCCAGGAAGCUGCGUGGAUCCAAAUUCGCCAUACCUAGCCUCAGUUGUUUCUGAUCAUGGGAAGUCUAAUAGCUUGGCACCGCUAGUCCAAUGUACCAGCCAUAUGUGCCCAAUUCGAGUCCACUGGCAUGUGAAGCUAAAUUACAAGGACUAUUGGCGGGUCAAAGUCACAAUAACAAACUUCAAUUACAGGAUGAAUUAUACCCUGUGGAACUUAGUGAUCCAACACCCCAACUUCGACAAUCUGACACAAAUAUUCAGCUUCAACUACAAGCCAUUAACUCCGUACCAAAAUAUAAAUGAUACUGCAAUGUUGUGGGGUGUCAAAUUUUACAAUGACUUGCUCAUGCAAGCCGGCCCUCUUGGAAACGUGCAGUCGGAGCUUCUAUUCCAAAAGGACAAAUCUACUUUCACUUUUGAAAAGGGUUGGGCAUUCCCAAGAAGAAUCUAUUUCAAUGGUGACAACUGCGUUAUGCCACCUCCAGACGCAUACCCAUAUCUACCAAAUGCCAGUUUAAGAAAAAAUGUCUCCAUGCUUAUGCUAAUGAUCACUCUGCUAGUGGACAAAUUUGAGAGGAGCAUAAGAGUUCCUGCUUACUGUAAUGUUGGUGAUGCUGCCAUUCUUUUCUCUUUAGGUGUAUAA